AUGCGAGUGACCGAUGUUCCGCAAGCACCAGUAUUUGUUGUGGCUCUUUUUUGUGGAAAAACCAAACCAGCGAGCGCGGAGGAUUAUCUUCGGCAGCUGGUUACAGAGCUGAAUCAGCUGCAGUCAACGGGUAUAGUGUUGAGUGGCAUACAAGUCAAAAUCCGUGUACGCGCCAUCAUCGCCGACACUCCAGCACGUGCUUUUAUCAAAGGCGUUAUAUCACACAACGGCUAUGACUCCUGCCUUAAGUGCACAGAGCACACUGUGUACGAUCAAAUCACGCACCGGAUGCACUUUUCCGGUGUUGAUGCACCGAAGAGAAUUGCCAAAGAGUUUAAGGAAGGGAAAUACAAACGUCAUCGAAUAAAUACCACCCCGCUCACUGUCUUAGACUAUUUCGACAUUAUCGACGAUGUUCCAACUACCGAUCGACUGCAUCUGAUUGAUCUUGGAGUAAUGCGCUACCUGAUGAGAUCCUGGAAAAAAGCUCAUGAGCAACACUAUGAGCUGGCACACGAAAUGCUGCUUAAAUUUGUGCGCGAUUAUGCCACACUGUACGGGGAAUCCUUUAUCUCCAGCAAUGUGCACAAUUUAAAGCACGUAUACGAUGAUGUGGCGGUUCCGGAAGGUAGGUGCGAAACUCCGACCUCGGAGCCGUUUGGAGCCGUCUGGAGCCGUCCGGAGCCGCUAGACGGCAGCCGGAGCCGGUCGGAGCCAACGGCUCCAACGGCUCAAACGGCUCCAACGACUCCAUCGGUUCUGACGGCUCCGACCGGCUUCAACUGCCGACUAACGGCUCCGGACGGCUCCGACGGCUCCAACGGCUUCGGACGGCUCUGA